GGCAGACCGCUAUAAGAGGUUCAUAGCGCCACUCAGAAAAGGCACGAAUUCACAUACAAGACGGCGAGAGUCCAACUUGAAGCACAUGCACUGCUGUGGGCUUCAAGUUCGCAACCCACAUAAGUCCACCCUCACUACUGGCACGCAGCUUUCGUCAAGGCAGUAUUACGUACUACUCCCACGACUGCGCUGGACCACAAGCCUAGAGUCGGCCAACCGAACAACGGACCUACGUACAUACUUUUAAGUGACCAACACUUUGUCCUCUCAAUUCGACGCACCCUGGCCACAUCGUUGUUGUUUCGAGAACCUGUUUCUUUUGGUCUCCCUUCUCGAGUUACUUCGCUACAAAGGGCCAUCCCGUCCUGUUCGCUCUCGACACAAUGGCGCACCAGAUCGUGUCCCUAAUCAUUCUCUUGGUGGUGGUCGGCGUGUUAGCCGCCAUUGGGUUCGUGGCAUAUUCGAUCGCGCACGACGUCGGACAUCACACAAGACAAAAGCUGGAAAAGAAGAAUGUCUCGUUCAGCCGCCAGGGAAUGAAAGUCGGGGUCAAGGAGCGGACACUUGAGCAGCAAGAGGAUGCGGCGCAGAGUGUCAUAACCAAGAUCUGGAACAACUCGUCUUGGCCGGGUUACAAGUCGCGCCUGGGUUGGGGACAAGGAGGAGCCAAGUCUGAAAACUCCACCUCAGCCGCGCGACCUUCCAACUCGUCUCGUCAUAACUCGAGCCAGGCCAAUACUUCGUCUGCACAGGUCCGUCCGCCGUCGCAUUGAGCGUAAGCAAGAAAGGAAGGAUGUGGAGGAAAACGUUACCUACUCUGUUCCUGCCGGAACUUGAAUCGGACAUAGCAAAACAAAGGGCACUGCAGUGGCUUGCUCUCUGCGAGCUACACAUUGGACGACUGGACGAGACUAGACGUUUGGGAAAGAUGCGUUUGCGCUUGACAUGUGAGAUGUAUGCUACGAAAUGAGACCACGACAACUUGAACCUAGACAGUUACGCUGCGGUCCGUUAGCCAGGCAAAUGUGCCAGGAUUGGCUGGUUUCCUGGGGGCCUCGAAAAGAUAGAAACAGAGUAUCAUGAUCUACUCGAAAACAUCAGCAGAAGUUUUGUUCUUCAGGACUCGGAGUACUAGGCUCGCCAGCCUCGCUGUCCGAGUCGCUCAAAGCAAUUUGUCACGCGACCAUCCUGUCUAAUCAAGAGUGCUGUGACAACGGAUAUGGACCCUGGCUAGUAGGAGUA